AUGCCCCCGCACGACUACACCUUCAUAGGCUCCGGCCCGAACCCGCACCACCAAACGCUUUUGCGGCGGAUAUUAUCGCUCUCCGUCUUGGGCUUCUUCCUCGUCUUCCUUCUCGCGCGCGGGAUCGGAUGGGUGGCCGAUGGUGGGCAGUUGAAUGCGCUGGAGCUUGAGGCGUAUGCGAGUGGGAGGAAGGAGAUGCCGGAUUUUGGACAGUAUGUGCAUAGUCGGACGUUGAGGUUCGAUGAGGCCUCUUCAGCACAAGGUACCAAGCGCCGCACGAUAUUUGUGGGAGACAUUCACGGCCAAUCGUACUCCCUCCUCUCCCUCCUCAAUACCACAUCCUACAACCCAUCGUCCGACACGCUCAUCCACGUCGGCGACCUCAUAGCCAAAGGCACCCGCGUCGGCUCAUCCCAAGUCCUCGAUUACGUCGUCGAACACAAUACAGUCGGCGUACGGGGGAACCACGAUCAGAAAGUCAUCGAGUGGCGCGGAUGGCAGGAGUGGAUCGUUGGGUUUCAGGAUGGGAAGGAGUGGAUAGAGAGAGAGGAGGGGAGGUGGAGGAGGAAACAUGGAGAGUUUGUGGGCGAGGAGGAUGAAGUCAAGGCGUUGAGGAAAGGGAUCGAAGCUGCGGAGAUUGAGCUUCUGGACGACGACGUCUCUGCAGCGAGCAAGAAGGAGCAGCGCAAGCAGGACAAGAAAUUUCGCGCUCUUAUUCCUUCGGACUGGAAGAUAUUCUCGGAGCACUACUUCCUCGCGCGCGACCUCACACCAGCACACUACGACUACCUCCGCUCGUUACCCCUCAUCCUGCACAUCCCCUCCGAACAUGCGUUCGUCGUGCACGCCGGUAUGCUGCCUUACGACAUCACGAAGAAGAUCGACGGGAAUAGGCAGCCGCUUGCACGGUUGCCGCGAGUGCGUGGGGGAGAUGUUGGGGAGAUGAGGGAGAAGCAAGAGGUCGGCGUGCUGGAGAGGGUACCGCAGAAUGGCGAGCCGUGGGCGUUGUUGAACAUGCGGAAUGUUCUGCAUGAUCACAGUAUCAUCAGCAAUACGAAACACGGCCGCGCCUGGUACUCCGCCUGGAACCAACUCAUGCCCAAAUGCGCCGGCUACAACGUCUCAUCCUCCUCCUCAUCUGAACAUUCAGUCCACAACACGAAAUGGCUCCCUUGCGAACCGAUGAGCGUCAUAUACGGCCAUACCGCCUCACGGGGACUCGAUAUACAUAGAUGGACCUUAGGACUGGACUCGGGAUGUGUGUAUGGGAGGAGGUUGAGCGCUUUGGUGCUUGAUCGUGAUGAAGAUAGGAGAAGAGUCCGGAGAGAGGACGAUACGGAGGAGGAGAGGGAAGACGAUCUUGAUGAGUGGGAUGAGGAGGAGGAUGAUGGUGAUGUCGAGGACGUGAAAGAGAACGGACAUGGGAAGGUCAGGUUUGGGGAUGAUGGCUACGGGAGGAUCGUCAGUGUUUCGUGCCAUAAGCAUCGGCAGAAGGGCGCGGGGAAGGACGAGGAUAGGCGCCGGUAG